UCUCCGGUGGGGGAGCGCCUUCGCCGAGGCAAGAGAAGUUUGGGGGAACCGGCGGCCUCCUUGGCGCUUCGGGAAUCCGGCGGGAAGGCUGAGGUGAACUCCGACGGCCGGGAGGGUGUGUGUGGAAUCGGCGCCGUGCCUGUCUGCUCAAGAACGAAAUCGAGGGACGGUUUCCUGCUUCUUCGGCCCCUCAGUGGCCUGUGAGCGGAGAGGGACGGAGGAAAUGCAUUAUUUUGAAGAGGAAUUAACUUGUUCUAUUUGCUACAGUAUAUUUGAUGAUCCUCGUGUACUGCCAUGUUCGCAUACAUUUUGUAGAAAUUGUUUGGAAAGUAUUCUUCAGAUAUCAAGCAAUUUUUCCAUAUGGCGCCCCCUAAGGCUUCCUCUGAAGUGUCCCAACUGUAGAAGUAUUGUUGAAAUUCCUCCAUCUGGUACAGACUCUUUGCCUGUAAACUUUGCAUUAAAGGCUAUUAUUGAAAAAUAUCAACAAGAGGAUCAUCCUGAAGUUGCUACCUGCAGUGAGCAUUAUAGACAACCACUAAAUAUUUACUGUCUACUAGACAGAAAACUUGUGUGUGGCCAUUGUCUUACAAUAGGAAAACAUCAUGGUCAUCCCAUAGAUGACCUACAAAGUGCCUACAUGAAAGAAAAAGAAACUCCUGGAAGACUCCUUGAGCAGUUGACAGAUAAACAUUGGAGUGAAGUUUGUUUGCUUAUUCAGAGUCUGGAGGAACAGAAAGCGCAGUGUGGGAACAUUGUUCAGGAGGAUAAAAAAACAGUCUUGCAAUAUUUUAAGAGACUCGGAGAUGCCCUUGAUCAGAAAAAACAAGCUUUGCUUACAGCUCUGGAUGAUGUAAAUAUGCAAAUUGAGACUGAAUAUGAACCUCUCAUAGAAAUGUUGAAAGGAAUACGAGAAGAACAACUUGAACUAAUGUCACUGAAUACAUCGUUUCAAGAGGAGGAGUCUCCUCUUCAUUUUCUGGAGAAAGUUGAGGAAAUACGUCAGCGUGUUAAAAUUUUAAGGGAAAAACCAUUACCAAUGAUUAAGCCGGUUGAAAUCCAUCCUCGAAUAGGACAGGUGUUAAAAGAUGUGUGGAGCAAAAGUGAAAUUAAUCAGAUUAACAAAAUUCUCAUUCCCAAAAUAAAGCUAAUUUCAAAGCAAAAAUUACGUACCCAGGAUUGUGACAAUGAGACUAAACCAGCUAAAAAAUCCUUCUGGUCCUUCAGUCCUUUGGCAAUUAUAUUACUUUCUUUGAUUUUUCUUACUGUUACCUUUAGCCAACAUAUAUUAACAUUCAUAAAUGAAAUCGUUUUUCCAUAUAUUUUUGAUACUUUGCAGAUAAUUUAUCAAGACUUAAGUAAAAGAUUGCACAUAGCAGUAGAAAACACUAUGAUAUACCCCUGAUUUAACUAAAUAAUAUUUUUGCUUUUGAUAACAACUUUUUGCCUGUUAAGAAAAAUAUCUGAAUUCUAAUGGAUUUAAUUUUAACUUGAUGUUCAAUUAAGGUUUAGUUGAUAUCAACGUCUUUUGUCAAGAGUGUCAGAAAUUAUCUAGCAUUGCAAAUAGGCCAGUAACAGCCUGUAUUAUUUGGACAAAUGUUCAAUUCUCAAUAUGCAUGCAAGAGUAAUCUCUUGCCAACAGAAGAUCAUGUAAAGAUUGUGUGAGAAUUGAGGUGAACUGUGAGAUCCUUAGAGCUAUCUGAGCUUGUUUGAUUUUUUGCAGACAUUUCAUUACCCAAGGUAAUGAACCCUAGGUAACAUCAUCAAUCACUAAGAACACCCCCACCAACAUUGAUAGAGCAAGAUACUUGUACAUAAACAGAAAACAAACCUCACUCACUUCUACCAAUGGUGUUACCUAGUUGGGUAAUGAAAUGUCUGCAAGAAAACAAGUUUUGAUGGCACCCUACAGUUCAACCCUAAACUACAAAUAUCAGGGUUGAGUUUGGCUUGACUUGAUGGUUUGUUUACUCUAGUCACAUCUUUGUUGUCCUCACAUCCAUAAUUUUUAUACACUAUUAAUUAAAAUAAUACAAUGCUAAUUAUCCAAAAACUAUUUUAAAUUGCUUUUCUUGUUAGGAACAAAUAUUGGAGACUAAAUAUUUUUAAAUGUUUCCUUAUGAAAAAGAAAAUUAGAUGAAACAUCUAACAAUUUCUACUCAGUUCUAAUAUUUCAAAUAGCAUGACUAGGAAAGAUAAAACAUAUUUUUAUUAACUCCUUUAAUUAGAGAGAGAUUAUCUUGACGGAUAGGGAAGCAUAUAUUUCUAGUCUUAACAUUUAAAAUUUAUAUUACAUCAUCUCAGUUUUCAUAAAGCUAAACAAUUUUUUAACAAUCAGCAUUUGCAAUAGAUCUCCCAGGGGUUCUGGUUUUAGUUCCACAAAGAUUUGAGCCUGUCACUUCAAACAAGAGCAUUAUAGUUCUUCAACAAUGAUGUUAUAACUGGUUGCUAUUUUACAUACAUAUUUCACUGAGGCCUUUGUUUUUCUUGGAAGACAUAAUAGUAUUAAAUAGUAGUGAGAGAGAACUUUACAGUAAAUAAUCUGGUAUUAUCUGACAAAAUUAUCAUAAAGGAGAGUUUUAAAAUGAAAUUAUGCUUGAUAAUGAACUAAUCUGGCAGUUUUUAGUUCAUGCAAACGGCAGUGAAAAUGAUUAAAUGACCAAAAGCAGCAGGACCUAUCAGCUUCUUCAGAAUAGUUUAACGAGUUUGCUAUAAAGAUUAAUGGACUUGUUUAACAUGCUUUCAUGUUGCGAAAAGAGAUGUUUAGCUGUUGCCACAUAAAAUGAGAUUACUAAAAAGGAAUACAUAUAAACUAUAAAUGUGGUUUCCAAGUAAAUAUUGUCAUCAUCCUUAACUGUAGUUGGUUCAACAUAAACAUACAGCAUAAGAGCCUGGUAGAAGAUAUAUUUUAAAUAAUGUACAUUAGUAGCCUCUUUUCUGUUAGUCAUACCAUAUAUGGUGUAUAGCAGCUGCAUGAUGAUCAGGGAGUAGGUUUUUUUUAAAUUUGUUAUUUCCAUCCUCAGUAUUGAUUCUCUCAUUCAUGCUUUUAAAUUUUAAAAUUUGUAAUGGGUUUUUCAGGUUUCAGAAUUUGUACUUUUAAUUAAUAAAAAAAAUUUCCUUUA